UGAGAGAGAAGGGAGCCGGCGUCUGCGGCCGAAACCCCUACGGACCGAAACCGAAAAUCCUAAGCCUAAAAGAAAAAAAAAAAAGUUUCUCGGUCGUCUGGCAACCUCGGUGGAAUAUUAUCAACCAAUCAGGAGCCAAGGAAGUUUUGGCAAGGAGCCCGCCCAGUUAGCGCGACCCUCUCAAACAGAGCGGUUCGACCAGUUGGCCUCUUCGCGUCAGCCAGGGAAGCUCGCGGAAGCAGACUUCAUUCUUUCGUCUCUAAGAAAAAGGGGGCAGGAUGAAGGGUUUCGUCCUUUUGCUGCUUGUCUCAGUGCUGCUUGUCGCAGUGAUCGCAGAAGCCAAGCGGCAUCACGGCAAACAUGCGAAGAAGGCAACCAAGAAACCAAAGGAGGAGCUUGACAUGGUAGCAGAGGAUGAGAAGAACAUCAUUGUGAAAGAUAAGGAGGCUCAGCUGGAAGCAGAGAGCGUCCUCAAGGAUCCCUGCAGCAAGGUCAGAUGUGGUCCAGGUCGCGAGUGUGUCAUCAACGACGACAUGACGGCUACAUGCGAGUGUGUCGGCACCUGCCAGCCCGAGACGGACCCCAGGAGGAAGGUCUGCAGCAACCACAACCAGACAUGGGAUAGUGACUGCGAGCUCUACAAGAUGCGCUGCAUGUGCGAGGACGAGAAGGAAGGCUGCAAGGGAGAAAAAUAUGAGCACGUCCACGUCGACUACUAUGGAGCUUGCAGAGAGCUUCCAGAGUGCUUGUCGCACGAGAUGGAGGACUUCCCCCGGCGCAUGCGCGAGUGGCUCUUCAACGUGAUGCAAGACCUUGCCCGGAGGCACGAGCUGCACGACCCUUACCAGAAGCUCGAGGAGGAGGCCGAGAACUCCCAGAGCCGCCAGUGGGUCAACGCCGUCAUCUGGAAGUUCUGCGAGCUGGACAGCCACCCCCACGACCGGGCUGUGUCAAGGCACGAACUGUUCCCUCUUCGUGCUCCCCUCCUCUCAAUGGAACACUGCAUCGCGCCCUUCCUGAACAACUGUGACCAGAAUGAUGACCACACCAUCACCCUCAAGGAAUGGGGAGAGUGCCUUGGUCUUGAAGAGAGUGAAAUCAAAGACAGGUGUUCCCAGAUCACGGUUUGAGGCCUGGACCAGUCCAGCGCAGAAGCUGCAUCAGUGCCUUUAAGGUCACCACGCAUUUCACAACUUUACACUGCCAUUGUUUGAAUUCUGUUUAUCGAUGUUGUUUGCCAGAUAGAGUUGAAGAAGCUGUUUCUGCGCUCGUUUUGACACUUGUCAUAAACGUCUUUUACCUUGCGCGUGCACUGCCUUUAGCAGGACCUUUGUAACGCUUUUUGCAGUUAAUAAAGGUACUUAAAAGAGAA